AUGCCCGGCCGGGAAGUGACUAUACGUACUGUUUCCACCUCAAGAGAACGAAGACCGGCUGGGUCUCCGUUUGCGGGUUUGGUAGGUUCAACCAAACAGAAACAGGGCAAACAGCAAGAACAACAACAACAACAAAAACAGAAGCAGGAAGUUUGCCUUGCUCCAGCCUGUGAAUCAUGUCUUAAAUUGUUGCAAUGUUCUCAGAAAGUUCGUCGUGCACUGGAGGAUGUGCUGAUUAAUGCCAAAAUGGUUUUUCUUGAUGAUACACUGCAUCACCAAAUGGAUGAUGAGAGAUGGCUGCGUAUACUGCGGGCGAUAGGAGAGGAUAAGACAACGUAUUACACGAGGAUGGUACCUAUUGUCUCCAUAAAGUCUGCCACAGAUGGCAAAGGACUGUAA